AUGGUGGUGGCGCAGUUGAAUAUCACCACACAAGCCACCUCGGCACUUCCCCCCUGUGCAGUAAACUGUACUGCAAGCACACUCACUCCGGCGGGAUGCGCCUUGGAUAGCCCUGCAGAAUGCUUCUGCACAAACGAGACCAUGCGGGCCCAGCUAUCCGGCUGCUUACAAACAGGAUGCAAUCGCAACGACCAAUUCGUAACGACAACUGUCCUACAGACACUUAUCUGCAAAGGCGUAACACUACCAUCACGGGCAAAGAAGACCAUCCAAGUUAUUACUGUUAUGUCCACAAUUGCUUUCUUAGCGAUUAUACUGAGGCUCUGCUCCCGUGUUAUUAUUUCUACGAUUUGGUGGGAUGAUUGGGCUAUCAUUUUCUGUGGUAUAUGCAUGGUACCUAUGACAGCCUUCCCACUAUACAGUAUCACACAAGGUCUUGGAAAGCAUCUAUGGGAUAUCCCCCCACAGAAUAUAGACUUUAUACUUGAGCUGUACUAUGUUGCUCAAAUAUUCUAUGCCCUUGUCCAGACUUUCGCCAAAAUCUCAAUCCUCUUCCUCCUUUUACGAAUCUUCCCAGAUAAGCGCUUCCGCCUUGUCACAAAGAUAUUUAUAGGCUGGAUGAUCUGCCAGACUCUUGCAUUCUUCUUUUCUGUCACCCUUCAAUGCAUCCCGAUUCAAGCAGUUUGGAAUAUAACUACAAAAGGUGAAUGCAUAAAUUCAAAUGCUUUAUUAGUCGCAGGGGCUGCAUUAAGCAUCUUUGAAGACCUGGUGAUCAUUGUACUCCCGAUACACGAGUUGAAGCGUCUGAAUCUUAGCCUAAAGACGAGGUUGGAGGUUAUACUUAUGUUUGCCUUGGGCUCAUUUGCAUGCAUAGCAAGUAUAAUCCGCCUGAAAUACCUAGCUUCCUAUGAAAUACAGCCUUUGGACUUGGCAUGA